GCUAGCAAGCCAACCGUAAACUAUGAGAGAAUCUAAUGUAAUCUAUUCACUGACGCUUGAGUUUCCAAUGGUCAAAGCAGCCGGGACAGCUAGCUAGCCUGACAUUAGAUAGAUCCUCCUACAACCAAGGUUCUGCCAGGUCAUCGGGAUGUCAAGACGUGUUUACAGUGAGCCCCAAACGUUGAUCUGAAGUUGCAAGUGUUGUCAACGGAACAUAUUUAUUGGAAAGGGAGGUGUUUUAAGCUUCACAGCACGCGCCUGGAUGGCUACGUACAGGUUCUGUACCGGUACAGGUUUUCUGUACCGGUGGUACCUGGUACCACAAGCACUGUUGCCUCUCAAGCGACUAAAAAUCACACGUCAUUUGCCGAAGACCAUGACGAGAAUUCUUCGGUGCGUGAGUGGUGUGAAGUUCGGCUGCCACAGAAGAAAUUCCUUUGGACUUUUCGCCCUUUGCCAUCAAUUGGAGGCAUCACCAGAUUCGAACAAUGUGAUGUCAUUCAACGCUGCAUUCUAUUGGAGAAAACUCCAAUGCUGGAGACGAGUUGCCAAGGCUGCUCGGCCCUGGAGCCACAAACUCGCUCCAUCAGCUGAAUGAUGGCACCGAUUCCGGCAGCUUGGAGUCAAGACGUUGAGAGGUCAUAAAUUGUCGAUUGUAGAACAGUUUUCGACGCUCUCGUCCUUUAGUGGCCCACCAUGUUCACGUACGAUACAUCCUUUAACUCUGAAGCAUGGGCAACGGACUGCAUGGAGUUCAGCCAGAGAUUGGAGCACUUGCGGAUCCAGCUACCCCUCGGCAUCUACAACAUUGCUGAAGUCCACAAGGCCAUGGAGGAGAAUCUUGAAUUACUUCUUCAGACCAAGGCAUUGACCCUAUUGAUGCCAAGAGGAGAUGAUUGGGUGGGCUUGCAAGAAAAAGUCAUUGGUUUCUGCGGCUAUCUUUGUGUCUCUUUGCCCCAGUUGGAGUCAUUGAACUUGGGGCUGCUCAGCCCAGGAUGGCAUUUCGAGGCAGAAAGGGCUUGCUUUCCGGUUCGUGCACUCGAGGCUUUUGUGGACCAGAUACCCCACUUGAAGGCAAUGUCAUUGGAAAAAAUCAAGUUUUGUGCAGAUCAGAACAAUGCCGUGGAAGCAGAAGAUGACAUCUCAAAUGUAAUUGCCAGGGCCUUGAAGGACCAUCCCAGUUUGGAGAAAUUUGAAUGGCGAGGAUGUUGUUUCGACCCUGUCUCUAUGGAUGGGUUUGACCCAAUUUUGACCUCCUUGGCCUCCAUAUCCACUUUGCAAGUCAUGAUUGUAAAGGUUUCCGAUAAAGACAAUUUGAAUGACGAUACGAUUAGCUCCAAACUGGAUGACAUUGCCACUGGAUGUCCAAGGUUGAGAGUCCUCAAGCUGGAAGGUAUCUACGUCAAUGAUUUUACCCAGAAGACGGCAUUGAAACAAUGCCGCAAACUGGAGCAGCUGGAACUAAACCUCAAGCUUGAAGAGUCGGCCCUUCGGGUGGUACCUGCCAUGGGACAGGCAUUCGCCAAACUUCUCAAACCAGAAUCAUCCACUCUGGAAUCACUUUGGAUCAAGCUACACUUCAAACAGCCACCAGUGCCUCGUUUUCCACAUGUACCCCAACCACAGAAUGUGGUUUUACAGGUCGGCAAUGGUCAAUCUCGAAAGAAGCGAAAGCUUCGCGCCACUCAAAAGUUUCACGACGAGAUCAGUUCCUCCUUGUGCAACAAUACCAAGCUCAAAGUCUUGGGUAUUCUCUUCCAUGACGAUACCACAAAUGCGGACGAAGAAAAUGGCACCUUAUUACCAGUUUUGAAUGCCAAAUCCUUUCACAAGUGUGUCGCCAACAACCGGACAUUGAAAAAUCUGUGCAUUCCGCUGUGCGGACACGAUGAAGUCAUUCGCUUUUAUCUCAUGGUCAACAGGACGGAAAUGUUCUAUCGGUUUUCCCUGGAGCCCUCUUGUCGGGCUCUGUUGGAGGAUUUUCUGCAAGUACUCGUGGAGCAGUGGUGCCAUCAAACCUCCGAGCUACAUCACCUGUCAUUAGUCUACUACUAUCUCCGACAAAUGCCCAUUUUGAUUCCAUCGUCCUCACGGCCCGAGUGAAAAGGAUGUGGUUGCUGUUUAGGUGCCAUAGUGGCCCCCAGUGCUUCCUCGAUUGUCAUGCCGUUGCGAUGGGUGCAACUUUGAAAAUAUACUGCGCCAAAAAAUUCCAUUUAGCAGCUACAAGCUCCAAUCUCUUUUGUCCCCAUGCGGGUCAAGCUAGCAAGGCCCACCUCUCCCCUCUGUGACCAAAGGGGUGGUGUUGAUUCUGUCUUCUGUAUCUGCGGUCCUACAUGUGCUACCGUACAGUUACAGUAUACGCUUAUAUCCGAAUGAUUGGGGCCUGCAGUUCAAGAGGCAACUUCCAAUCUGAUUCCCUGGUGUGAACGUGGCAUGCUGCCGUAUGGAAGGAGACCGAGAUUGCAAGAUCCCCCAGAAGACAAUCUCACGUGGGUUAGAGUAGGUAGAUUAUCUACUGAAGCCAGCCGGAGCCUGAGGGACUCCUUCUGGGAUCGUAGAUGAGAGGCCUUCUUGCCCCAAGUCUGCUCGCUGCGGGGAGGUUGCUUUGUUUAGGCUAGCGAGCUAGAGGAGCCUCAUGGAAGUCAACCGCUACCUGUCCGUUGUAUUUAUUUUAGAAGCGCAUCCAGUUCACUUUGGGGAUCUUGGAGAGACAGCUGAUACGGUAGGAACUAAUGUAAAUGCAGUCUAUCUACUAGCUAGCUACUCUUAACACUAGCUCGCCUUUGCCUUUGCAUUCUUGCU